AAGAGACUGCACAUGGUGCAUGUUUACAGAUUUCCCACAUGGUUCACAUCAGUGCAGUGUCUGUUCAAUUUGAAUCGUUUUUUGGAGAAUGGAUGCUAAACUAACCCAAGCAAUAUUAUUUUUGUCCCUAAGGAUAAAAAUUUGUUUCCAGUCCCAUUACCUCACACUGUAGGAUUUCAUUGUGGUUUUAAUGUCAAUUACUUAGCAGAAUCAAUGUGGGUCAAAUUAGAUGUCUCUUUCUGCUAUGGUUCCAGGAAUUGAUCCAAGAUUUCCAGAAGUGGCUAAUGGUGGAGUGGUAAUUUCAUUCCAUCUAGCCAAGUGGCCAACCGGGAAAGACCGAUCCUUUUUCCUAUCAGCAAUCUGUUGUACAGAGUACGGGAAAAUGUCUUACUGGAUCCAAGCACUACGGGACGACCUUGUAUUAGCCAAUGAGGGGGGAUUAUUUUUAGAUGAAAGAAAAUUGUUCCCAUCAUUGCAUUCCCUUGAGCUGCGUAUAUGACAUUUUGACUUUAAUGAAAUUUGUUUAGUGUGUUACAUUUCAUUGAAUCGAAUUGUGAGGUAUGUCUGGUUUGGGUAUAAUUUAUAAAAAGCCAGCGAAAUCAUCUGUUCUAAAACUACACAUCUACGUAACGGGAAAUGCGAAUUUGAAAAAACUACAAGUUCCAUAGUAAGUGCCAUGACGUCAUUUCCUGUGGAGGCAUACACGCCGUGCGCCUGAGUUAAACAGGGACGUUAUAUGUUUUUCAGAGUGCCGACAUGCGUUUAAGUUUUAAGACACGUGAACUUAAUCGCUCGUUAAAUGUAACGCGAUUGUUUUUUAUUGUUUUAAUCUCCAGUCUUUUAAAACUGAAUAGAUUUUACACAGGCGCUCCGAGGACACACUCCCGCUUGCUUUUCCGCCAGGAUUUAAAAUGUCAGUUACCAGAGGCGUUGACAACAAAACGCGCAGUGAAGCAACAUUAAAUAGUAAAAGAAAUAUGUUUAAUCGGCAUAUUGGACGAGUAUAUUUUAAAUGAUAAUAUUUGGAUAAGUUACGUCUGAUAGUUAUAAACUUAUGCAAUAUUUACACACUCGUUUUGCAACAUGUCCCUGCCACCAGAAAAAGCAUCUGAAUUAAAACAAAUAAUUCAUGAUCAUUUAAUCAAGAUGGAUAUACAUGGUAAAAUUCGUGAUGUUUUACGGGAGACAGUGGGAGCUGAUGGGCACCAUGGACAGCGCUCACUUACAGAAGAGGAUUUUAUUCAUGCUCUGCAACGAAGAGGAAUCGUGGAUGAUGUGAUGAAAGAUCUUAGCUUUACAAAUCUGGAUGUUCCUCAAACUGAGGCUGAGAUUGUGAACAAAUCUGCAACUCAUUUUGUGGACAGAGAAAGUAUACAGCUGAAGACAACCAACAUCAGUCCACUAAGGAGACACCUUUACCUACAAGUACUGGGUGGUAAGGCCUUCUUAGAACACCUGCAGGAGCCAGAGCCUUUACCUGGCCAGGUAACCUCUACCUUCACCCUUCACCUACACUUUCGCAACCAGCGUUUCCGCUCCAAACCGGUCCCAUGCGCCUGUGAACCAGACAUACAGGAGGGCUUUCUUUUGGAAGUGCACAGAGAUGGACCAGGAGAUGCAAGCAAGAUGGCAGAUGCCACCACCAUGUUGUCCAUCUGUGAUCCAGUGCAUAUGGUGCUGAUCAAAACAGACACAUCUGGAGACACCACACUUGUUUCAUCUUAUUUUCUCGACUGGCGGUCGGUUCUCAGUGCUCACAAUGGAAAAACAAGCAUCUCAGUGGAACUGCUUGGAGUGGGCAGUGAAUGUAAAGUGGCUGCUGGCGUUCUGAAUCUGAAGUUGGAACUCUAUCCUCCCCUUACUGAGACCCUGAGCCCUGAUGUCAUCACCACUCAGCGAUCUUUGGAAAAACAGAAAACAGCAGAAAAGGAGAGACUGUUUUUGGUAUAUGCAAAACAGUGGUGGCAGGAGUUCUUGGAGAUUCGACCCUCGCACCAGUCCAAACUAGUAAAGAUUUUUGCACAGGAUGAAAAUGGAGUGAACCGGCCUGUGUGUUCGUACGUGCGUGUAUUGCGUGCUGGCAGGUUGCUUGAGAGUCCGCGGCAGGCAGCACGUUUUGUCAGUCUGUUAGCACAGGAGAGAGCACCUGUUGUUGGAGGAGGAGUCAGGCAGGAGCAGUGGUGCUCUAUGAUGGCCUUCCUCUGCAGAAACAAGGGUGACUGCGAAGAUCAUGCCACACUACUGUGUAGUUUACUAUUAGGAUUUGGACUGGAUGCUUAUGUUUGUGUGGGCACCAAGGCCAAAAACAUCCCACACACCUGGGUCAUGACCUGUGGCACAGAUGGUUCCAUAACCUUUUGGGAAAGUUUCACUGCACACAGAUAUGUCCAUCGUCCAAUAGACCCAGAUGCUCCUCCAAUGGUUCCACAACCAAAACCAACUUAUCCUUACCGGACAAUCGGCUGCGUCUUUAACCACAAGGCGUUCUUGGCAAACUGUCAGCCAUCAGACGCUGUAGAGCUCUGCGUGUUUGACUUUGCAAACGGCUCUCGCUGGAAGGCAAUGAGUGAGGAGGCCAUUCGGUCCGUAUGUGUGCCGGGCUCUACCUCCUCUCUUCCUCUAACUCCUCCCCUCUGCUCUCCUUCUGUGGUGCCUAAUGAGGCCAGCAACCAACUUGAGCUGGAGAUGCGCUACCUACUAGCUGAACAUAGGAAGGAUUUAGGUUUGGCUACAGUGUGGGACGAUCACCUGUCAUACCUGCUGUCAGCAGCGCUCUCUGCAUAUGAACUGGAGCGCUGUACAGGUCUGUCGUGUGGAAAUGAGGAGUUCCAGGAUGCUGUAAGGAGGGCAGUGCCUGAUGGACACACUUUUAAAGGAUUUCCUAUUCACUUUCUGCACCGCAAUGCACGCAGGGCAUUUGCUACUUGUCUCAGGUCACCGUUCUUUGAAGAGAUUGUUUGCUGUCGAGGGGAUCAUGUGCGUCUGGCAGUGAGGGUUCGGGUGUUUGCGUAUCCAGAAUCAGCCUGUGCUGUCUGGAUCAUGUUCGCUUGCAAGUACAGAUCGGUUCUAUGACAGAACUAAAGCAUCAGUCAUCUCAGAUUUCCAGGCUUUUUGAGAUUUUGACGACUUAAUGUACUAGACGUUUUUAUGAGUUUUGGUAUUACAUGUACAGUAUGCCAUUGUCCACACCAGCUCUCAUAUCUGCAGUACAGUCUUAACUACAUGUACAGAAUGUGUGCUUGUUUCU